AUGUCCACAUUUUCACCAACCCCUUCCUACCUUCUCGGCUCUUUAUCGCUGGCGAUUGGCCUCCAUUGUCUUUUGAGGCCCUCUGAUGAAUAUCAUCGAUUUGGGAUCCCACUGGAGAAUACGGCUUCUAUCUCAAAUCCCGAUACCAAAUCGCUAACGACAUCUGGUACACUUUCCGUGUUGAUGUACCUUAAAGGCAUCCGCGAAAUCAGUUACGGUCUUGCUUUGAUCGCUUUACAAUUUUGGGAGCUAGAGUUAGCCGUUACCCUCAUUGCGACCAUUCUUUCCCUUGCUAGCUUAGGAGAUGGAUUCGUCGUCUGGAGCUACGGCGGCAAGACACUGCAAAAGAAAGCAUUCGGACAUUGGAUUGCAUUUGUUGGGUUUGCGGCCUGGUCGGGGUGGCGUAUUUUGACAUCAGCAGAAGAUGUGCCGAAGAUUUGGGGCUUUGAAGGAGUUUGA